AUGGAGCGACUUCAGCGCGUCUUUCAGGCUUCCCAAGGCCCCGAACCCGGCCAGGACAACCCCACCGCCGACAACUCUGAAAUGGUCUACAUCUCCUCGCUUUCGCUCCUCAAGAUGUUGAAGCACGGUCGCGCUGGUGUUCCUAUGGAAGUCAUGGGCUUGAUGUUGGGCGAAUUUGUGGACGACUACACUGUUCGCGUGAUCGAUGUCUUUGCUAUGCCCCAGAGUGGAACCGGGGUUUCCGUCGAGGCUGUUGACCCCGUUUUCCAGACAAAGAUGUUGGACAUGUUGAAGCAAACCGGAAGGCCCGAGAUGGUUGUCGGAUGGUACCACUCACAUCCCGGAUUUGGAUGCUGGCUAUCAAGUGUCGAUGUCAACACCCAGCAGAGUUUCGAACAACUUAACCCCAGAGCCGUCGCUGUUGUAGUGGAUCCCAUCCAGUCCGUCAAGGGCAAAGUUGUUAUUGAUGCCUUCCGUCUGAUCAACCCCCAGACGGCUGCUGUUGGAAACGAGCCCCGCCAAACGACUUCAAACAUUGGACAUUUGAACAAGCCCAGUAUCCAGGCUUUGAUCCACGGACUGAACCGCCAUUACUACUCGAUCGCCAUCAAUUACCGAAAGAAUGAGCUGGAGCAAAAGAUGUUGCUCAACCUGCACAAGAAGAACUGGACCUCGGGAUUGACACUUACCAACUUCCACGAGCACACAGAAGAUAACGAGAAGGCUGUUAAGACCAUGUUGUCGCUGGCAGAGGCAUACAACAAGUCUGUCCAGGAAGAAUACACGUUAACGGCAGAGCAGCUCAAGACUCGCCACGUAGGCAAGGAGGACCCCAAGAGGCAUUUGGAGGCCAACGUCGAGGAAGUGAUGUCCAAUAACAUUGUUGUUGCCCUCGGCACAAUGCUGGACUCUGUCAGUUUCUAG